AUGACAGGGCAACUGAUUCGAUUUCGGUUUCAAAGAUGCUACUCAAUAACUUGCCGCAGACUUGCGCCCGAGGACAGAAAUGAAGGAUCAUCCGCAGGUUCAAAGAUGGGACUUGGUGAAAAGAAGUUCAAAAUCGAUUGGACUGAUAAAGAAUACAGACAUUUUCACGCGCGAUACAACGCAAAUCCAGUAAAUCGACCUUAUUACAAGUCGAAAAAGCCGUUUGAAGUGUACGAUGAAGCUCGAAAAGCUACAGUAGCUCCUCCUCCCGAUGUCGAUGGUACUGUUAAUUCUGAUGAAACAGCUGUUCGAGCGUCAGACGGUCCCGCGGAAACCAGAAUUCAGCGGAAGAUUCGAGAGCUAGAGGAAGCGGAGCGACUAAGAUAUUACCACGUUUCCGAGUAUAAGCCAAAAUGGCACGAGUUCUACGGUCUGCUCUCCAAUCUAGAUGUCGAUUACGAAAAAGAAGCUGCAAGACACCAAAAAUGGCGUGCGCGUUUGGAUUUUGCUCACAAGUUGGGUAUUUUUGCUCUUUUCUUGAUAACCUUUCUUGGUUUAGUUGAUUUUAUUCUAAUGGAAGUGGGCUCGCAGUUCAUCCCUCGCGGAGAGCUGACGCAGCUCCAAGUUCUUGAAGAAAAACGAGCGCAAUUACGAGCACAGCUAUCAGAUCGAAACUGGGUGAUUGAUUACGAUAAGAAAGAGGCGAAAUUGAAAGAGCUUAAUAAAGAAAUCCGCGAGUCGAUAAUUGAAAUCGUGAUGGACAGAAAUGCCAAGCUAGCGGCAGCUCGAAGUAAACUAGCAAAGUUUCAAAAAGCAAAGGCAUCAACAGUACCCGCCAAGCGACCCGAAAACGAGGCGAUUUCAAGAGGCGGAAUCGCAGAUGAAAGUGGAGCUCCUUCGGUCAAUGGAAAUCAUGAAGCGCCAGCCCCGUUUUCCAUGAAUAACUUCAGUCAUUCUCAAUCUCAACCAUCUAAUGGCAAUAAUUUAUCCGCGCUAGAACAAGUUGAGCUUCAUGCAACACGAGAGCAGCUCCAGGAGCAACAGAAACGAAUCACAGAGCUUGAAGAAAGCCUCAAACGAGAACAUGAGGAAAAAGAAAAUAACGCCACCAAUGCCGUUCAAUCCAUUCAGCAACUUCAACGGCUCCUGGAAGAGACGAAAAAUCAAAACGAUCUUCUCCAGAAAACGCUAACAGACGAGCAGAGCAAAUUUAACCAAAUAAACUUCAACAAAGACACAGAAAUAUCAACUUUGAAGAGUGGUAAACUUCAAGCAGAACAACUUUCCCAGCAACUGAACGACCAACUCAACCAGCUGCAACAUCAAGUGGAGGUUUAUCAGAGCCAAGUGAGCCAGAACAACUCUCAAAAUGUCGCCAACCAGCAUCAGUUAUCUGGAAAAGUGCAGGAGCAACAAAUGACGAUUGAAAUUCUCGUUGAAGAAAAAGCAGAACUGAAUGCCAGAGUCCGGCAGUUAGAAGAACUUGAGAUCUCGUUGAGAGCAAAUCUCGAAGCUUCUCUUUCCAGCGAUAAGAAUAACUCGCAGAAUAUUCUUAACCUCCGACAGGAGAAUAAACGACUCAACGAGUCCAACGAGCAGCUUUCAAGCCAAAUUGACGAAAAAGAUGCGACGAUUAAAAAAUUUCAGCAAACUUCUUCAAGGCUGAAAUCUGAGGUCGACAUCAUUUCGCUCAAAGAAGAGGAUAAUAAACUGAUGAUCGAGCAGUUGGAAGCGCAGAUCAAGGAGUUCCAACAAAUUAACGCGACAUUGACAGAAGAAAAGAACAUGGCGGAAGCAUCGCUAAUGCAAAUGUCUUCGGGAUCCGACGCUGUUCUUCUUGAGCGAAAUCGGUUGAUGGACAUCGUCAACGAGUUGAAAGCGCGAGUUCAGCAGCAGCAAUACCAACUAGAAGAAAUUUCCUCUGAGCGAGACCAGUAUCGACUUCAACAACACGCGACUACGGAAAAGAGUCAAGCAGCUAUCAACGGCCUGGCCGAGCAAUUGGACACUUCUGUGAAGGAGAAUGAUACGCUGAAGGAAGAAAUUGCCGUUCUUCGCGAGCAAUCGGUUUCAAAAGCCGACGAUUCCGAAAUUGACGAGUUGACCAAGACCAUUCUUGAGCACGAGGAAACUUUCAAAGAGCUCGACUCUGAAAUCAAGCUCCAAACUGAAGCUCGCCAUCAAGCCGAGCAAAAAGUGCAAGAUGUCCGUAAAGAAAAGGAAGAAUUGCAAGCGCUUGUUCAGCAUGAACAGGAUCGUUCCGAGGCGUUCCAGCGACGAUGCACUGAUUUGGAGCAGAGACAGAUUGAAUAUAAAAUUAUGCUCGAAUCAUCCGAGGGAGAUAAAGCGACGAUAUCACGUGUGUUGACCCAGAAUAAGAAGCUAAAGGAUGAAUUCGAGGAAUUACAGAAUCAGCUCGUUCUCGUCACGAAUCAGAAAGCAGAUAUGCUUCAAGAUAAUGACGGGCUAAGGCAUAAAUUAAAAGCAGCAGAAGCCGCGAUUGAAGAAUCUCAAGGCGUUCAACUAGAUAAAGACCAGUGGAGGGACCAGCUGGAAAGUCACGAGCAAGCAAUCAAAAAUCUCCGCGCCGAUCUUGACUUGUCCCAGCAAGAAGUCAAAAAUACACUUCGGGAAAAUGCCGAGCUCCGCGAUGCUCUGAAGACGGCUAGAUCUCAAGCAAGACCACCAGUGUCUUCUAUGAUUUCCGUCGAAACGAUGACAACUUUUGAUGUAAGUAUGAACGGUGAACAAGGUGAUGACUCAAGCUCAUACUCGUUUGUUGGUGUGAGCGAACAAGGCUCUAGCCAGGAUCUUGGAGAGGACCUGGUCGAGAUGCAUGAAUCUGAGCAUGCAAUCGCUCAGCCGGGCGUGUUCCCUGAUGAUACUUUGGCGAACAUUGAACCGAUCAAUCAAACGGUCUCUGAAAAGCCAGAGAUCAUCAACAGAUUGGAAGCUCAAAUCGAAACGCUGGAAAAAGAGCGCGACGAGCUAACCUCCCAACUUGUGGAGGCUAAGCAGAAGCAACUCAAGCUCAUGGAAAAGACCGAUGCGGCGAUGGAAAGACCAGCCCAAGAGGACUACUCUGCUCUCAAAUCAGCGAAAGAAGCGUUGGAAACUAAAUUUGUCGAUAUCAUUCAGCAAAAUGCUUCAAUAAAAGAUGAGAACGAGAAGCUUGAGGCCUUGGUUCUUCAAUUGAAUGCUGAAACGGAUACAAUUAUAGAAUAUGUUUCUCUAUAUCGAGAUCAACGUUCCGCUCUUGCGAGGAAAGACAAAGCUACGGUGGCAAUUUUUUUUAAUUUCGGAAGAGAUACCGGUGAAACUAAGAUCUAA